CAGGGGCGGGGCGGCGGCGGCCGAGGCGGGCCGGGAGAGUGCGGCGGAGCAGCGGGGGAAGAUGGCGGCCGCCGUGCCACAGCGGGCGUGGACCGUGGAGCAGCUGCGCAGCGAGCAGCUGCCCAAGAAGGACAUAAUCAAGUUUCUGCAGGACCACGGUUCAGAUUCGUUUCUUGCAGAGCAUAAAUUAUUAGGAAACAUUAAAAAUGUAGCUAAGACAGCUAACAAGGAUCAUUUGGUUACAGCCUAUAACCAUCUUUUUGAAACGAAGCGUUUCAAAGGUACUGAAAGUGUAAGUAAAGUGACUGACCAAGUGAAAAAUGUGAAGCUCAAUGAAGAAAAGCCCAAGGAAAUGAAGUCCGAAGAGACUCCGGAUGAGGGUCCACCAAAAUACACAAAAUCUAUUCUGAAAAAGGGAGAUAAAACCAACUUCCCCAAGAAGGGAGACGUUGUUCACUGCUGGUACACAGGAACGUUACAGGAUGGGACAGUUUUUGAUACGAACAUUCAAACAAGUUCCAAGAAGAAGAAAAAUGCCAAGCCUUUAAGUUUCAAGGUCGGAGUGGGCAAAGUUAUCAGAGGAUGGGAUGAAGCACUCUUGACUAUGAGUAAAGGUGAAAAGGCUCGACUAGAGAUUGAACCAGAAUGGGCUUACGGAAAGAAAGGACAGCCUGAUGCCAAAAUUCCACCAAAUGCAAAACUCAUUUUUGAAGUAGAAUUAGUGGAUAUUGAUUGAAACAGUACUUAAGAUCUGAAGACAUCAGAGUGAUUAAAACUUGGCCUUGAAACUUAAAUGUAACUAGAACUUGUUACUAUUGUAAAGACUUAACUGGAAAAUUCAGAGUUAAGUUAAAUUUACUUGAUCCCAAUUUUUGAGAAAUGUAAUCCCUUAUCCCUGAGGUCUAAAAUAUUUUACUAUAGCUGUAUGGAAUACUGGUUAAGGAAAACCAUUUCCUUUUACCUCAUGUUGUGAAACUGAAAAAGUUGAAUUAAAAUAUAUCCACUGUCGUGAUUUGA